CCGUUUUGUCCUCGAUUUCUCGCUUCAGUUCAGCCUGCAUUGUCUCUUGAUUUGCUAAAGUCGGGCCUCAAGAAGGGGGUUCCAGUACGAGAUGUCUCCAAGCUCAGUGAGGAACAAGCCGUCACUGAACAGACGGAAUGGUGAAGCCGGGGAAAACAUCUUCCUACACGGUCGUUGACCCGGAGAUACGGUUCAUCUCACAAUGCGUGAGGACCCCUGUCAAAGCAACCCAUUAGUGCAGACCUGUUCAUCGGUACUUUCCCCUAUCGCACAGGGGUUUGACGGUUCUGACUCAAAUGCUCCCUCCCACGAGAGUCAAAGGUAGACAGGGUCGUAGAGUUGAGGUGAGCCGAGACGGUCCCAACGUGAUCUGGCCUUACUACGUGCGGCCGUCAGUCUAAUCCUUGUAACUGUCCAGUAAAAGUGAGCCCAUAUUAAUUCGAGACCGAUAUGUCUGGCUGUUGCGACCCAUCAGACACAUCGGAUCCUACUGGAGUGACUGUCUUCGCAUGUCUGGGCCCGUCAGAGCGAUAUUUUGGACUAUCACAAUCACACUCAAGCUGUGUCUGACUCAAUGCAACUGUAGGGCCAAUCUAGACUUCUCGUCACGUGUUGUCUGGGGCAAGGAUGAACUUCCCGGACUGGUUCAGGUUCAUCUUUUCUUGCUAGUAUAGAGAUGAGUCGGAUCGCUUUAACAGGCGGAGGCUAAGAUCAGCCCGUAGGCACGCACUUUCAAAGCAACCUGCCUGCCAAAACGAGGAAGAGGUUUUGACCGGGUGAUGUGGGUCUCUCCAAUCAGAG